ACCAUCUAGAAGAGCAGUGGGAGGGGGUUCCAGUGCGCGCGGAUACAACGCGCGCAAAGCCCGUGUUUUCUGCGAGCCCUGGGGAAGCGUCGCUGCUCUGUUGAGUUUGAUAUAUGCAGAGGUGUCCUGGGUUUAUAGCAGCCUCGUAAUGCUUCAGUGAAGGCAGCGACAGGCGUUCAUGUUUCGCCUGAUACUUAAUGUGCCUAAGGCUUAAAUCUGGAGAAAAAUUACUUUGAAACUUGAAGAAAUGGCAUCGAUUGGAGAGUUUGAUCCACUACAUACGCACGUACCUGCGACUAAAAUUGAAGUUACCGUUUCGUGCAGAAACCUGCUAGAUGUUGACACUUUUUCUAAGUCUGAUCCAGUCGUCGUCUUGUACGUGCAGGGAAUUGGGACCAAGGAAUGGAGAGAGUUUGGCAGAACAGAAGUUAUUGAAAACACUCUCAAUCCAGACUUUGUGAGAAAAUUUGUUUUGGACUACUUCUUUGAGGAGAAGCAGAACCUUCGCUUUGAUGUAUAUAACGUGGACUCAAGAAGUUCAAAUAUUUCAAAGCAUAAAUCCUUCCUGGGCCAGACCUUUUGCACUCUAGGGGAGAUCAUUGGCUCUGCUGGGGCUCGUCUGGAAAGAGUACUGUCGGGUAUUCCAGGCAAGAAAUGUGGAAACAUCAUCUUUACAGGAGAAGAACUCAGCAACUGCAGGGACCUCACCACCAUGCAGCUCUGUGCUAACAAGCUGGAUAAGAAGGAUUUCUUUGGCAAGUCCGACCCUUUCCUGGUGUUCUACCGCAGUAAUGAGGAUGGCACGUUCACCAUCUGCCAUAAGACAGAGGUGAUCAAAAACACUCUGAACCCUGUGUGGCAGUCUUUCACUAUCCCCGUCAGAGCACUCUGUAAUGGGGACUAUGACAGGACUGUUAAAGUUGAUGUCUAUGACUGGGACCGAGACGGAAGUCACGAUUUCAUUGGGGAGUUCACCACCAGCUACAGAGAACUGUCCCGAGGCCAGAGCCAGUUUAACGUAUACGAGGUACUCAACCCUAAGAAGAAAGGCAGGAAAAAGAAAUAUGUAAACUCUGGGACCGUAACGCUUUUAUCCUUCAAAGUGGAGUCGGAAUACACGUUUGUGGACUUCAUCAGAGGAGGGACCCAGCUCAACUUCACAGUCGCCAUAGACUUCACCGCCUCCAACGGGAACCCUGCUCAGCCCACUUCACUUCACUACAUGAGUCCGUACCAGAUGAACUCUUAUGCUAUGGCUCUGAAGGCAGUGGGAGAGAUUAUCCAAGAUUACGACAGUGACAAACUCUUCCCUGCCUACGGCUUUGGGGCGAAGUUUCCCCCGGAUGGAGCCGUCUCGCACGCUUUUCCCUUGAACUCCGACUGUGAGAAUGCAAACUGUGUGGGGAUUGAAGGUGUUCUGGAGGCGUAUUACGAGUGUCUGCGGACAGUGCAACUCUACGGACCAACCAACUUUGCCCCUGUCAUCAACCAAGUGGCCCAGGCUGCAGCAGGUGUGAUGGACGGAUCGCAGUACUUCAUCCUGCUGCUAAUCACGGACGGCGUCAUCUCCGAUAUGGUCCAGACCAAGGAGGCCGUGGUCAAUGCUUCUACACUGCCUCUGUCGAUCAUCAUAGUCGGAGUAGGGCCUGCAGAGUUUGAUGCAAUGGAGGAGCUGGAUGGGGACGAGGUGCGUCUGUCCUCCAGGGGCCGCGUGGCUGAGCGGGACAUUGUACAGUUUGUGCCAUUCAGAGACUACAUUGACCGUUCGGGGAACCAGGUGCUGAGUAUGGCACGCCUGGCUAAGGACGUGCUGGCCGAGGUGCCUGACCAGCUGCUGUCCUUCAUGAAGAGUCGAAGCAUUGAACCCAGACCUGCUCUCUCACACUGUCCCACACCGCACAUCCAUGAGAACCUCUGACCCCAGUUCAGCCAGGCCUGGCCUCUUCCACCCUCCCACUACCGCCAAUCCACGAACACCACUGAUCUGCGAUCAGCUCCUGCCUGGUCUCUCCAGCUGUCUCACUACUGCAGAGUCUUGUGCAUCUCUGGCCUAGAACAGCUUCUAUUCACAGUGCAAUUUGCUUGCAAUAGGGUCUAAUGCUAUGAAAAUGAUUGAAUUAAUAACUGCAUAAUUCAGACUAAGUGUGCGUUGUUAUCUUGCACUUUUAUUGGUAAUAGUUGGCUUGGAUGUUUUGCACAUGCUCAGGUGUCGAGUAACUCAUCUACACAUGGAGGUCCAUUUUUCUACACUUAUCACCCACUUUAUUAGAAGGCUUUACUAAUUAGAAAAAUCUAAGUGUAAAAAGAGAGAUGCAUUGUUAACUCAUCGUGGCAUGGCCAGGUUGAGUUAGUCACCCCAGCUUCUCACUGGUGGUCAGUUUCUGAUCACUACUCUGCUAUUGGAUGGAUAUUUCUGGAUGACGGGAUGCUCUUAACUCAGCGGUGAUACUGGCAUGUGUGAAAAACAGCAACGCUAUCCUUGUAUUGGCACAAUACUUACUGCCCUGCCACUCCUAUAAAAUCUCAGCUGUGCCAGAUACACUCAUAAGUACAACUCCAGACGCCAUUCCACACGUGUGUUAGUUGCAGUGCUGUGUGGAGAAUGAUCCAACACCCCAGUGAUGUAAGCAGUGGUGCCCAGUGUCCUGUAGUCAGAAGCAGGCCAGUGAUUCAUGGGUGUGGCUGACAUGCCGGUCAUGGGAACAGACAGACCACAGUCUCUAAAUGUACAUAUAUAAAAUGGCCCUGUCAGACAGGUUUACCCAAUAAUAAGGUGUAGCUAGUAAAGUGAGGGGAGGUGUAAGGUAAGUGUUUAAUGAUUAAAGUGUGUGGUGAGUUCAGGACUCCACAUUCUGUAGGCGUACGUCUGUGAUGACGGUUGGGGAGCAUGCUGUGUAACACACACUGACCAACACGCGUGCACUUUUAUUCAUAUAUCUGUCAUGUGGUGUUCAUGUAGCUUUGAUUAUAUCCAUUCAUAUAGUUCUUGUUGUCAGAAAUGAUUACCUUCACUAUCUGUCUGACUUUUUCCACUGUAUCUCUCUCUCUCUCCCUCUCAGCCUAGCUCAUGUCCCAACACUAGGUGCAAGGAUUAACCUUCACCUUUCCAGUCAGGAUACAUGGAGGUACAAACAAUGUAAACUAUUUAUAAAGAGAACUUUGUAAAACUUCUUUUUAAAAGUUAAAAGUGAGGAUUUGGACCUAAUUUAGGCCCACUAGAACUGAUGAGCAGUGAUGGACAGACCCAGAGGCAGCACAGAGGGAGAACAGGUGAGAUACGGAGGGAGCCGGGAGAUAAAUGAAGAGAAAGGGAAGAAGGCAGAAGAGGAAUAAAAUGGUCUGAGGGUGUUCCAACUCCACGGCAGCAGCGUCCUACGGCACCAGUAAACACGAGGUCAGGGCAGGUUAGAAAUGAGAAAGAACCCCAGGAGUAAAAGGCUUAUGGGAUAGGCAGGGGUACCGUAAGGGCAGUGCAUGGAAAAAGUGUGGUCUAAAUAUGAAUUUUGAUCACAUAUCUUUUUCUUUUUACAACACCCAUCCUGCCUGAGAUGCUGUUAAUGGCCAUGUCCCUUCAUAAGAUACUCCAGGUUCCUAGAAUCCAUGACAUGAGAUACGGCUCACGUAUGACUUUUAAUACGAUUGUACAGCUGUUCUGUUGUGCUGGUACAGACUUCUUGUGGUGAACAGUGUUUGCAGUUUUCUAGAAUAGUUACGAGUAUUUGUGCAAAAUGCCAAAGUACCAAAUCUAAUCUAAAACCAUUUUUGAAAGUAUUGCAUCAGUUAGUGAAGUCAGUUUUGCAUUCUUCUAUGCCAUCCAUGUCAUUUUAAAUAAAGCAUGUACGUCUCAUGGUGUUGUGGGAAAUGUUUCAAGCCCUUGUAAGGCACAUUUCCUGCUUUUCUUCCAACUCUGUGAAUAAGAUGUUUUAAUAAUAUAUAAUAAUGUUAUAAUAAGUUGUUUUUCACCACAGAUCGUUCUCUUUAAGAAUCAUUGCCUUUAAGUGUUAUUCCCUGUAAGAGUCAUUCCCUUCAGCACAACUUUUUAACCGCUCUCAGCUGUCUCAUUUUGUCUCCAAUUGUUUGUGGCCAUUUUGUAGCUUUUAGUGUCUGAGAUCAGCUGGUGAAAAUGAACCACAAUAAAGAAACAUCCAUGCAAA